AUCAAGCUUAAAGUAAAUAGGUUUGAGUGAUAAUAAUUUCGUUCACAAAAUUACAGGUUUGUGUAAAUAUAGGUGAAAUUCAACCAAUUUAUUCUCAAUUAAUCAACUGCUUUCAGAAGCACAUACUGCCAUAUUCACCAAAGUGAACAACCGUUUGACUUAUCACAGUUCCUACUAAAUAAUUUUAAUUUCUCCUCAUUGAUGUGACUUGGCACAAUCACUGUAAGGUAAUCGAACUUUAAUUUUAAAGGCAACCGAUAUAGUUCUACUUAUAAAUAUUUACAUACAAAUAUCCAUACUAAGUACCAAUGCCUGGAUGAAGGGGCUGUAGGUUAUUCUAGUCAUACGGUGACAUCAAAUUCAAUCAUAUUUAUUAAGCGAAUUGUAUUAGUGAAGUUACUAUUACAACGUAUUAUUCAAAUACUUAUUGCAACUUCGUUCUUUGUUCAUUUUAAGUAGAACCGUACAAUGUUAAGAUCCAUUUAUAUAAUAUGUUACUAUUUUACAUUUCCAUAUCUACGUUCGUUUCAGUUUCUUUAUUCUAAAAAUCCAUUUUCCUCAUUUCAAAAUAAAUAGAGACCUUUCUAACCAUCUUCGAGCAUAUUUGGAGAUGUGUUUGGUAAGAUAGUCUCAUUCUCAUUAAUCUAUAUCUUACAUAGUUCAGUUAAGAUAUCUGAGGAUCAUCGGUAAUCUUACACAGUGUGUCCCACAACCCUUUUAAUUAAUCUUUAUUCGAUUAGUGAGUUAUAUCCAUAUCCAAUCUGCCAAUGUUUAUCUGAAAGUUGAUUUACAUGGUUGAGUCUCCAAUUUCUGUGAAUAUUUAAUGGAGUUAACAUCUUAGACAUUCUGUUUAUGUAGCUUGACUUCCCUGUUAUAACAUGAAAUAAUUGGUGCAAAAGAGCGUUAAUAAAGUCUUAAACUGAGAACCAUAAACUUUAAGUGAAAACCUUUUUCCUCCAGUGUUUUGUUUUUUCAAAUCCAUUUAGUGCCACACCUCGAUCCGGAUAAUAAAUAUACAACUGUUACCUAAACACACUCACACAUGGAGAUAUGUUUCUUAAUAUAGCUUGACUGACAGUUCCCAUUGUACAAAAUUAUUGUGACCGUACAGUGGAUGCAUGAAUCUGUACUUUGUUGUUGAACUUCAUUACUUCUAUAUUUACUUCAAUGUGGUAAAUAUGUGUUAACUACAAACAUUUUUAUGAGUUUCUAUUCAAACGGAAGUCUACGUUCUAAUAGUUUAAUUGUGUUGAAAUAGUCUCACAUCAUAGUGUUAUAAUGUAAUUUUAAGUCAGUAUAGAAAUUUCCAAAUGAACUUUAAUUACAAUCUGUUCCCAAUCCUAACUGGCAUUAAUAAGCGUAAAUCCCUUGAUCGAUAUGAAAGAAUUGGAAAUUUGUUAGAACAGUUUUUAAAAGGAAAGUUGCAGCAUAUUCACAAAUUUACUAAUUUACCAGACGGUUAUUUUCUUAUUGAUGAAAUUAUUCAAUUACCUGAAUUCAAAAAAGAACAUUGUACAUAUGAUGAAAUUAUUGAUGUUGUUCAUAAUGAUGCGUUAUUACGAUUCAGUGUUAGAGGAUCAAAAGUUCGCUUGAAACCGCCUGAAUUAAAUAAAGACCCUGAUGUAAUUUUAUCAAAAAAGUUAGCUUGGAUUUUACGUCAUGGAGCAGAGAAUGUCGGAAUGAAAUAUGAACCUGGUGGUUACCUUUAUGUGGAUAAAAUACUUCAAUUGAAACCGUUUCAAGGGGUUCGACUGGAAGAUAUUUCACGUGUUGUUAAUUCGAACGAUAAAAAACGCUAUGAACUGUCGACAAAUCCUGAAAAUGGUCUGUUAAGAAUUAGAGCUUAUCAAGGUCAUACUGUUACAAUCGAAGGAUUAGAUAUUGCGUUAAUUGAAAAUCCUGAAGAUUAUCCAACUGUUAUCCAUGGUACAUAUUUUCGUAAUUGGGAUUCAAUACGUAAAGAGGGCUUAAAACGUAUGCAACGUACUCAUAUACAUUUUGCACCGGGUGAAGUUGGUGAAACUGGUGUGAUUAGUGGUAUGCGUUCAAGUGCUGAGAUUAUUAUCUAUAUUGAUUUGAUUAAAGCAAUAAAUGAUGGAUAUAAAUUCUACAUAUCAAAAAAUAAUGUUAUUCUAUGUGAAGGAAAUAAAGAAGGUUGUUUACCGACGACAUAUUUUCGUGCAGCUUAUCAACGUAAUCCACGUCUUAAACUUUCACUCACUCCCAAUCCUAAUGAUGAUGAUGAUGAUGAUGAUGAUGAUGAUGAUGAUGAUGAUGAUGAUGAUGAUGAUGAUGAUGAUGAUGAUGAUGAUGAUGAUGAUGAUGAUGAUGAUGAUGAUGAUGAUGAUGAUGAUGAUGAUGAUGAUGAUGAUGAUGAUGAUGAUGAUGAUGAUGAUGAUGAUGAUGAUGAUGAUGAUGAUGAUGAUGAUGAUGAUGAUGAUGAUGAUGAUGAUGAUGAUGAUGAUGAUGAUGAUGAUGAUGAUGAUGAUGAUGAUGAUGAUGAUGAUGAUGAUGAUGAUGAUGAUGAUGAUGAUGAUGAUGAUGAUGAUGAUGAUGAUGAUGAUGAUGAUGAUGAUGAUGAUGAUGAUGAUGAUGAUGAUGAUGAUGAUGAUGAUGAUGAUGAUGAUGAUGAUGAUGAUGAUGAUGAUGAUGAUGAUGAUGAUGAUGAUGAUGAUGAUGAUGAUGAUGAUGAUGAUGAUGAUGAUGAUGAUGAUGAUGAUGAUGAUGAUGAUGAUGAUGAUGAUGAUGAUGAUGAUGAUGAUGAUGAUGAUGAUGAUGAUGAUGAUGAUGAUGAUGAUGAUGAUGAUGAUGAUGAUGAUGAUGAUGAUGAUGAUGAUGAUGAUGAUGACGAUGAUGAUGAUGAUGAUGAUGAUGAUGAUGAUGACGAUGAUGAUGAUGAUGAUGAUGACGAUGAUGUUGAUGAGUAUGAUAAUUAUGAAGCGGUUGAUGAACAAUAUGGAUAUCAUGAGCUUCGUAAUGAUGAUGAUGAUAAGUAA